AUGAACGUGAUCAAGCUUCAAAAGAAAUUCCCAGUAUUGGAUCAGUCAGAUUUAUUCAAUAUUAUCGAAGAUUUUAGGUCAAUUGAUUUAGAUGACAAGGGUUGGGUCGAGAAAUUGGAUGUUUAUAAUUCCAUUUCCAAAAAAGGUGACUAUACAUACGAUGAAGCCAGAGAAACCUUGAAAAAUGUCGAUGUUGAUGCUUCUGGUCAUGUGGAGUUAGAUGACUACGUUGAAUUGAUUGCUAAGCUCAAAGAAUCGGCGUCUGAAGCAAAUAGUGGAGCUGCAGGAGUACAGCUGCCUGCUGGAUCACUGUCUAUUGGGGUAGCACCAGUUGCAACGGCUAACACGGCCCACAAGUCAUAUUUUUCUGGUAAGACAUCUGGUACUACGCAUACGAUUAAUGAUGAAGAGAGGAUUGAGUUCACGAGACACAUCAAUUCAGUAUUGACCGGAGAUCCUGAUAUUGGCAAUAGAUUACCAUUUGAUACAGAGACAUUUCAAAUAUUCGAUGAAUGUAGAGAUGGUUUAGUGUUAUCGAAAUUGAUCAACGAUUCAGUUCCAGACACCAUCGAUACUAGGGUGUUGAACUUACCCACUAAAAAACCUUUAAACAACUUUCAAAUGAACGAAAAUGCAAACAUAGUCAUUAACUCAGCCAAGGCUAUUGGAUGUGUCGUCGUUAACGUUCAUUCAGACGAUAUUAUAGAUGGAAAGGAACACUUGAUUCUUGGUCUUAUCUGGCAAAUAAUAAGAAGAGGGUUGUUAUCAAAAGUCGAUAUUAAUUUCCAUCCUGAAUUGUACCGUUUAUUGGAGGAGGACGAAACACUUGAGCAGUUCUUGAGGUUACCACCUGAGCAAAUAUUGUUACGUUGGUUUAAUUACCAUUUGAAAAAUGCCGGGUCUCAAAGAAGAGUAACGAAUUUCUCUAAGGACGUAAGCGAUGGUGAAAAUUACACUGUUUUGUUACAUCAAUUACAACCAGAACAUUGCGACUUAGGGCCAUUAUCAACUACGGAUUUGAUUAGGAGGGCUGAGCAGGUCUUGAAUAAUGCAGAAAAAAUUGGUUGUAGAAAAUAUUUGACUCCUACUUCCCUUGUUUCAGGGAACCCCAAGUUAAAUUUAGCCUUUGUUGCUCAUCUAUUCAAUACUUAUCCCGGUUUGGAUCCAAUUGAAGAAGACGAAAAACCAGAGAUUGAAGAUUUCGAUGCCGAAGGAGAGAGGGAAGCAAGAGUCUUCACUUUAUGGCUUAACUCUCUUGAUGUUGACCCACCUAUAAUUUCAUUGUUUGAGGAUUUAAAAGAUGGUUUGAUACUUUUGCAAGCCUUCGACAAAGUAAUGCCGGGAUCUGUAUCUUUCAAGCACGUGAACAAGAGACCUCCAGGAGGUGCGGAUGUGUCUCGCUUUAAGGCUCUAGAAAAUACAAACUAUGCUGUUGAGAUUGGUAAGGCCAACAAAUUCUCCUUAGUUGGGAUUGAAGGAUCUGAUAUUGUGGAUGGUAAUAAAUUGUUAACUUUGGGUCUCGUAUGGCAGUUGAUGAGAAGAAAUAUCUCUAAUACUUUGGCGUCUUUGAGUGACUCUAAGCAUAAUAUUUCAGACUCGGAUAUAUUGAAGUGGGCUAACAGUAUGAUUACUAAGGGAGGUAAUACUGGUACAGUUAGGUCUUUCAAAGAUCAUUCUUUGUCAUCGGGUGUAUUCUUGCUUGACGUUUUACACGGAUUAAAACCUGGUUACGUUGAUUAUGACUUAGUGUUCCAAGGUGACAAUUUAUCAGAGGAAGAAAAGUAUGCAAACGCUAAACUUGCCAUUUCAAUUGCCAGAAAAUUAGGUGCUUUGAUUUGGUUAGUUCCAGAGGAUAUCAACGAGGUAAGGAGCAGAUUAAUCUUAUCUUUUGUUGGUAGUUUGAUGUGUGUUGCAGAAAAUUUGUAA